AACAUAAACGAAUUCAAUCUUGUACCCAGAAACCUGAAACCUACGGGUGUGGCAGUGGCAUACGUUGUAAGACUCACACUAUGUGUUCGAGUUUGGGUAUGAAUGGUUGGGUUUGGGUGGAGUGAGUGUGAUUAAGGCUCAGCUUGACCCUUCUACGUCACCACCUCGUUGCUUCAUUCACUUUCUCUUAUUAUUGUUAUGGCAAAUACUAAAUUCGGUUCCUCAAUUUCUUGUUUAGUGCCUUCUCUUUCUUCUUCUCCUUUCCAACGCACAAGAGUUGCUCAGUUGAGCUUAUCACAAGGGUUGUUUGUCAACCAACUAACAGGUGCUCAGCUGCAAAUAUACACUAAAGACAAAUCAUGCCAGUUUAAUUUUAUACAUGGAACGCCGAAGUUAAAGGGAAAGUUACAGAAACAGCAUAAUGCACUUUUUGUUGUCUCUGAGGAUCAGUCACAAUACAGUGAUCUUGAAACAACUGCUUUGGUGUCAGAAAAUAAUGAUACUAUUGCGGAAGACAUCCCUCCUGCAAGCAACUUAUAUUUUCAUUUAUCAGGGAGUGAUGGAAAACCAGGUUUAAUAUCGUUUUAUAACCGUCCAUACAGAGGAGAUAGUAAGAUCCUUUUAUCAAAUUCAGAAAGAAGACAAAACAGCAUAUUGUGGUUUAUGGGCCCUGCAGUCCUUGUUGCUUCCUUCAUCUUUCCUUCACUUUAUUUACGUAAAGUGCUUUCCAUCAUUUUUGAGGACUCUUUGUUAACUGAUUUCCUCAUAUUAUUUUUCACAGAAGCAAUUUUCUAUUGUGGUGUUGCGGUAUUCCUUUUUAUACUAGACCAUUUAAGAAGACCCGUUCAACUGGAUCCUGCUGCAAACAAUAGUGAAAAUUUGCCCCCUCAAUUGGGGCAGAAAGUAUCAUCCGUUGCUACCCUGGUGCUUAGUCUAGUAAUUCCAAUGGUCACUAUGGGUUUUGUCUGGCCAUGGACGGGCCCUGCAGCCUCUGCAACUCUUGCUCCAUACCUUGUGGGUAUAGUUGUCCAAUUUGCAUUUGAGCAGUAUGCCAAAUAUCGCAAGUCACCUUCAUGGUCAGCUAUUCCAUUAAUCUUUCAAGUAUAUAGGUUGCACCAACUAAAUAGAGCAGCGCAACUGGUGACAGCUUUAUCAUUUACAGUUAGAGGAGCUGAGGUGACCUCACAUAACAUGGCUAUAAACAGCUCUUUGGGUACUCUUCUAAAUGUCCUACAAUUCCUUGGUGUGAUUUGCAUUUGGUCCUUGUCUAGCUUCCUUAUGAGAUUUAUCCCUUAUGCUUCCACAACUAUGCAGUAAAGUAAAAAAUUUCAUGUAAAGUUUGUUAGCAAUAUCAUCUCACACAUCAAAUCACCCCCCUCCCCCCAAGUUCAUCUCCGUGCAGAAUAUGUAGAUCUAAUUGGGUUUAUUUUUUUGUGGUGUAAAAACUGUUAAGUCUAAUUGAAAAUUUGGGCACUAAUCCUCUGACUCAUCUAGAAUAAAUGGUGGUUACAAGAAUUUGUAAUUGAGGGCUUUGGAUACUGAUGAAACAAAUGUAGGAACAUUUAUGUUUCUACUUCUUUUAAAGGCAUGUGUUUUGAAUGAAGUACUUGUGUUCUCG